UCUCCACAAAACUCGACAGAUGUCUUCAUUUAAAAAGAUUUAAAAAGAAGAAAAAAAAUCCAUUGAGUCUGUUGUAUUCAUAAAACAGUCUAACAGCCUUAGGGAAAUAGCUCUUCCCUAAUCUCUCAGUUUUGGCCAUUGAACUACAGAAAUGCUUGCCUGAUGUCAACAACCUGAACAUGUAGUCACUGGGAUGGGAAGAGUCCUUUAUCAUUUUUAAUGGCUCUAUUUUUGCAUCGUUUAAUGCAUACAUCAUGCAGGGAGGGGAGAGGGGUCCUAGAGAUGCGCUCAGCUGAGUGUGCCUCUCUGCACGGCAUUGCGGUCCUUAACUGCACGGAAUUUCCCUUAACUUACGUCAACGAAUCUCCAAUGAGUGGCAACAGCUCUGGAUGUUUGAGAAGGAUAUCACUUGUUUGCUAAAUUAGACUCUGGCAAAGUCUAUCUGUUAAGAACAGAUCUGUAUCUGUCUUUUAAUUAUUCCACCUUAAGUCUUUUAUGUUUUCUUGUUAAUUAUUCUUUAUUGUUAAAUGAUUUUACCUCGAGUUAUGCUUUCUUUUUGUUUUAUUAUGAUAUUUUAAUGUAUUAUUGAUCUAUUAUUACUCUUUGCCCAACAAUGGUAUUAUAUGCUAUUACUGUUUGGUUUUUGUUUAUGAACAGCACAGUCAAUGACCUCUGAAAUGCGAUAUAUAAAUAAACUUGACUUGAUUGUGAUGCACUGGCCACUGGGUCAGUAUACUCUCUAUGGCCCCAGUGUAAAACAUUUUUAGAAUCACUGGGGGAGACCUGGAUGUUCAGAGACUUCGCAAACCUCAGCCAAGAAAAAACAUAACCACCUCCUGGAUCCAGACGGUGAUACAGAUCACUCCCAAAAUAGCAAAGAAAUCGGAAAUGGGUCACAUUUAACUGACGGCGUAAACCCAAGAAGGACGGGAAAAAUAUGAGCUUGCUACUACUUCAGAGCAGGGAAGCAAGAAGUCCAAGGCCAAGGAGAAUGAAAAGGACAUGGAUGAGAAAGAGGUGUAUCUGGAUGAUCACAAGCUGACACUUGAUGAACUCAACUGCAAAUAUGGCACUGACUUGACCAGGGGUUUGACGACCAGUCGUGCAAAAGAGAUCCUUGCUCGUGACGGUCUUAAUGCUCUGACCCCACCGCCCACCACCUCAGAAUGUGUGAAGUUCUGCAAGCAGCUCACUGGCGGGUUCUCCACUCUGCUGUGGAUUAUAGCCGCCAUCUACUUCCUCACCUUUGGCCUUCAGACCGUCUUAGGAAGUGAAGCAGAGGAAGCAAUUACUAAUUUGUAUUUGGGUGUUAUACUGUCUGCUGUUGUGAUCAUCACUGGAUGCUUAUCCUACUACCAGGAGGCUAAGAGCUCAAAGAUCAAGAACUCCUUGAAGAACCUUGUUCCUCAGCAAGCCCUGGUUGUACGUGAUGGUGAGAAGAAGAGCAUCAAAGCUGAGGAGGUGGUGGUUGGAGAUCUGGUGGAGGUGAAAGGUGGAGACAAAAUCCCUGCUGACCUGCGUAUCAUCUCCGCUCAUGGCUGCCAGGUGGACAACUCUUCUCUUACAGGGGAAUCUAAACACCAGACACGUACCCCUGACUUCUCCAAUGAUAACCCCCUGGAAACUAGGAACAUCGCUUUCUUCUCCACUAACUGUGUCGAAGGUACUGCUAGGGGUAUUGUCAUCAACACUGGUGAUCGCACAGUCAUGGGUCGUAUUGCCACCCUGGCUUCUGGCAUUGAAAUCGGCCGCACACCCAUCUCCAUCGAAAUUGAGCACUUCAUCCACAUCAUCACUGGCGUGGCUGUCUUCCUGGGUGUCUUGUCCUUCAUCAUCUCGCUCAUCCUCGGAUACAGUUGGUUGGAGGCGAUCAUCAUCCUCAUCGGGAUCAUCAUUGCCAACGUGCCGGAAGGUCUCUUGGUUACAAUCACUGUGGCUCUGACCUUGACUGCCAAGCGCCUUGCCAAGAAGAAUUGCCUGGUGAAGAACCUGGAAGUUGUGGAGACUCUGGGCUCUACCUCCAUCAUCUGCUCCGACAAGACCGGAACUCUGACCCAGAACCGCAUGACGGUGGCCCACAUGUGGUUUGACAACCAGAUACAUGAAGCCAACACCACUGAGAACCACUGGACUGGAGAGACUGGAAUCUCUUUUGACCGCACCUCAGCUACCUGGACCAACUUGGCACGUGUGGCCGGCCUCUGCAAUCGCGCUGUUUUCUUGGCCAAUCAGGAGAAUGUCCCCAUUCUCAAGCGAAAUGUUGCUGGAGAUGCCUCUGAGUCUGCCUUGCUGAAGUGCAUUGAGCUGUGUUGUGGCUCUGUGAAGGAGAUGAGGGAGAAGAACCAGAAGAUCGCCGAGAUCCCCUUCAACUCCACCAAUAAAUACCAGCUCUCCAUUCACAAGAACCCCAGUGGUGCGACCAAGCACCUGCUGGUGAUGAAGGGAGCUCCAGAGAGGAUCCUGGACCGCUGCUCAUCCAUCAUGAUCCAGGGCAACGAGCAGCCGCUGGAUGAAGAGCUGAAGGAAGCCUUCCAGAAUGCCUACCUGGAGCUGGGUGGCCUGGGCGAAAGAGUGCUUGGCUUCUGCCAUUUCAACCUGCCUGAUGACCAGUUCCCUAAGGAUUUUGCCAUUGACACUGGGGAGGUGAAUUUCCCCACCAAGAAUCUGUGCUUCAUUGGCCUCAUAUCCAUGGUUGACCCUCCUCGUACUGCUGUCCCCGAUGCUGUUGGCAAGUGCAAGACUGCUGGAAUCAAAGUCAUCAUGGUGACUGGUGAUCAUCCCAUCACUGCUAAGGCCAUCGCCAAAGGUGUAGGCAUCAUCUCUGAGAGUAACGAGACUGUGGAAGAUAUUGCAGCUCGCCUGAACAUUCCCAUUACAAAUGUCAACCCAAGAGAUGCCAAGGCUUGUGUUGUCCAUGGCUCUGAACUGAAGGACAUGACGCCUGAAUCUCUGGAUGACAUCCUGAAGUACCACGCUGAGAUUGUGUUUGCCAGAACUUCUCCACAGCAGAAACUCUUCAUUGUUGAGGCCUGCCAGCGACAGGGUGCCAUUGUGGCUGUAACAGGAGAUGGUGUCAACGACUCUCCUGCCCUGAAGAAGGCUGACAUUGGUGUUGCUAUGGGUAUUGCCGGAUCUGAUGUCUCUAAGCAGGCUGCUGACAUGAUCCUUCUAGAUGACAACUUUGCCUCCAUUGUUACAGGAGUUGAGGAAGGUCGUCUGAUCUUCGACAACUUGAAAAAGUGCAUCGCCUAUAGUCUGACCAGUAACAUCCCUGAGAUCAUACCUUUCCUUAUCACCCUCUUUGCCAACAUCCCACUCCCUCUGAGCACAGUUGGCAUCCUCUGCAUUGAUCUUGGAACAGACAUGGUUCCUGCCAUCUCCCUGGCAUACGAAACUGCUGAAAGCGGCAUCAUGAAGAGACAGCCCAGAAACCCAAAGACAGACAAGCUGGUAAACAAGAGGCUAAUGGGUAUGGCCUAUGGACAGAUCGGUAUGAUCCAAGCUCUGGCAGGAUUCUUCACAUAUUUUGUAGUUUUGGCUGAACACGGUUUCCUGCCCUCCACACUACUCGGAAUUCGAAUGAAUUGGGAUGACAAGUUCAUUAACGAUCUGGAGGACAGUUAUGGACAGCAGUGGACCUAUGAACAGAGGAAGAUGGUUGAGUUCACCUGCCAGACAGCCUUCUUCAUCAGCAUUGUGGUCGUGCAAUGGACUAAUCUGAUCAUCUGCAAGACUAGGAGAAACUCAUUCUUCCAAGAGGGCAUAGCAAAUAAAGUCGUCAUCUUUGGCCUGAAUGUGGCGACAGUCCUGGCUGUCCUCUUGUCAUAUACCCCAGGCAUGGACGCCAUCCUCAAAAUGUACCCAGUCAAACUACAAUGGUGGCUUUGUGCCUUCUCAUAUGCACUCCUUAUCUUUAUUUAUGAUGAAAUCCGUAAGCUUAUCCUGCGAAGCAGCCCAGGAGGUUGGGUGGAAAGAGAGACCUACUACUAGAGUGUCCAGUGUCAGGGUAACCCCAGGAUCCUCUAACCCCAGGAUCCUAAAUUCAAGACUUUUUAAGACCUUCUUCUCAAUACCACUUUGAAUGAAAUUGAAUACCAACUUCACACCGA